AUGAUUCAGGUCAAAAUUGAGCUCGUUGGGAAUCGCUACAAUCCACAGCACAAGCUUAUAUUGCAAGCUACAUUAAUCAACAACGCUGAUGAUUGGGAAAAGAAUGGUCCGAAUGUCAUCAGUUUUGUUACACAGACGAAGUUUUUUCAGAAUGCAGCCGCAGCUGUUCGGCAACUUCUUAAUGCUAGUAAUUCCAAAGGAGCUGACAAAGUGAAAGAGUUAAAAGAUUUGAUAUCAUUGUUAGAUGCAGAUACCAAAACGAUUUUGAAAAAUAUUGACCAAACACAGAAGCUGAAAGAAGUCAUUGAAAAGCAAUUAGCAGAGAGAGCAACAGAAACAGCCGAACUUCGUGAUAAAACCGAGAAGCUGGCCGCGGAAGAGGAGCGACUGCGCGUAGACCUUAUGCGUGAGGAAGCUGAGCUCCGAGUUUACAAGGAACGUCGGGGAGGAAAUCUUGAAAAUUGCGUCGUCAUGUAG